AUUUCCUCGGCUGCAGUAGACAGCUUCCAGUCACAGAGGUCUCGCCAUUACUUGGCUGCUCGCGUUCUGGAAACCAAUGGGACAAGGAGACAGACACCUUCGCGUGGCUGUUGGGACGUGGCACCCUUGGAGUGUCGUCACGGUGCUCGACAACGGGGCAAUCUCCGCCAAAGGAGUCGCCGUCGACGUAUUCGAGACCAUUCUGCAGAAAAUGAAUUAUUCGCACUCGUAUAUACAGGGAGCAGAAGGUGGAGAAUGGGGCCGUCAGUUGCUAAAUGGAAGUUGGACUGGGAUGAUUAGAAUGACUAUGGAUGGGGCCGUAGACGCUAUACUGGGGCCCGUGGGAGCGACCUGGGCCCGCAACCAGGUCGUGGAUUUUUCGACGACCCUCUACUUCGACUCCAACGGGAUAUUUCUGCCCAAGCCCAUCGCCGAGAAGGAUCUGAGUAACUUCCUGAAGCCUCUGUCUGUCGAGACAUGGAUAGCGCUGGCAGUAGUUCUCGGUAUAAGCAUCAUCGUUGGCCUAAUUUUCAAUCACAUUCUAAGUGAGCCAGUGGAAGACAAUAUGGGACAUCAACAGAAAAGGCUAACUUUCAGACCAGAUUGGAUCAUCUCUAAUCUGUUAGGUGAAGCUACAUUGGUUCUUCCAACAACGGAAACAGGACGGGUAUUGUUGAUGGCUUGGUUGAUUGCUGCUUUCAUUUUAGACUCAGCCUAUUUGUGUGUCUUAACGUCCAUACUAGCUGUGCCUAAGGUGACUAUUCAUGUAGACUCCUUAGAAGAUUUAGUGUCCUAUAAAAAGAUCCCAUGGGCCUUGGAGAGAGGGACAGGUCUUCAUCAAUUGGCUCAGCAAGCUACAACAGGAGUAUAUAAACAAGUAUUUGACGGGAAAAGCGACAUGGUGUAUAGAUGCUAUGAAGCGAAAGAACGAAUUAAGACUGAGCGCAUUGCAGUACUCUGCCAGGUUCUCAGCAUGAGAAAGGCAAUCAAUGAUGAUUUCACAGCCACUGGACAGUGCAAUUACUACAUUGCUAGGAGGCCUAUAUUUUCUGUGUCCCUUGCCUAUGCAUUUCGAAAGAGAAGCAAAGUUAUAAAGGAAUUUGAUAAAUGGUUAACCAUGCUGAUUGAGUCAGGAUUAGUCUUAAAAAGUGUCCAGGAUUCUACAGCCAAUGCUACAAAUUGUAUGACCAGUCUCAAAAGAAGGGAACAAGCCACCCCUAUACUUGGCUUCAUGGAUUUAGCUGGAAUGUUCUUACUUUGGAUUGGAGGACUGCUUGUAAGUAUGCUGGUGAUGGCUGCAGAGAUUAUAAUUUUCCGCUUCAAACUUUUUGGCAGCAAGUAGCUCUUCAAUUAUUGUAGUUCAUGAUUUGUGUAUUAGCAAAUUCUAACUAAGAUUGCAUAAUUUUAAAAAAUCCUGCAAACAACUCACAAAAUGUGAAUUUCUGUACGUACUAUUAUAAGCGGAAUAAAAAAAUACACUUAUAUAAAUACAGCUACACAUGCAUAUACUCACCGUCAACUGUAUACAGUCAAACCUCAGUUUUCAUACAAAUCGGUUUUCGUCGACAAAUUUGUCAAAAUUUUGUCCCAGUUUUCUUCCAUCCGCUUUGUUAUCAUACAGUUAAAAAUGCUCCAUCCCAAACUCGUGCCUCACGAAGCAUUCCAAGCAUUCGUGACCCAGCCUGCCUUUGUUUCCCGUUGAGUGAGCAUCACCCUGUGCGUUCAUCCGAAACAUUUCGUAAUAAUCUAUAGUUUUUUUUGCAUUUUGAUUGAGUGUGACUGCUAAAUAAGCCACCAUAGGGCUAAACAAAGUUCUGGGUGCCAGCCCUUCGAUAAAGACAAGAAACACAAUUGAAUUCAGGAAAGAACUCGUAGCAAGACCUUCUUCAACUAGAACAGCAAUAGACAGCAGAUGAGGAAUCAGGAGGAGAAGAAGGAGGAAGAGAGAGGGGAUAAUGUGCCUUCUUCAGUGAUUAAGGACAUGAGUGCAAAGUGGUGUGAGUAGUAAAGUUUUCUGCAGAAAUAUUGCUCUAACGAAGAUAUUUCAAGAUGUCUCUGCAACAUCUUCAAUGUUAAUGUCUUGUCCCAAGACAUUACCAAGCUGGUCCUAGUGCCAGUAAAAAACAAAGAAGGGAAGUAGCCCCAGACAGGGCUUUGAUACCUGAAGUCCUUAAGGAGGGGGAUUCCCCUUCCAAAAUAUAACCUCUCCUUCCUCUCCCCUCCUCGCCGUCUUCCAUGCGUCAACAGGAGUCUUCAAUGAAGGUAAAAGUGAGGUUAAAUGUUCAUUUAGUCAUUUCAUUAGUAAUUUAUAUUUAUUUUUCAUUGUUUUCUGUACGUAAAACUACCGUUAUUCUCAACAUUAUGUAUUUUUCGUUAAUAAUUUUGGGUAUCUGAAAUGGAGUAAUGGGAUUUAAAUGAUUUCUUAUGGGAAUUACUGCUUCAAUUUUUGUACGAUUCAGUUUGCAUCAGACUUUCUGGAACCGAGGCUCCACUGUAUACAAGUAUAUUUGUCUAACUCAAACCUCAUCAGCUUGCAUCUGAUAAUUCACAUGGUCAGCAGCUUCCAAAAAAACCUCACCUAGCCAGGUAUUUCUCUGGGUAACACCUCUGGUGUUAAUAACAGUAUGUAGUUAAAUAAUUCUUUGAGUGUUCAUAAAAUAAGAAACAUCUUGUGUUUGCUUUCCAAAUCAGUUUUUCUUCUUUGAAAUUUCAUUAUUAAUGGUUAGUCCAUAAGUCUUUAAAAUUCCUGAAAACAUUAAGGUAUAUUUCCCUUUGACAAUUGGAAUUGCACGAAGUGCCUCAUUACGUACUACUGUGCCUUUUAUUUGUAAAUGCACCUAAUAUAUUCCUUGAAUAAAACGUUUUGGACCAUAGUCUCACUCUUUUCCUUAGAUCUUGCAGAUAGGUUCUUUAUCACUGAUUCAGUUUAAACAUUCAGUGAUAUUCAAGCUCUAUUGCUGUACAGGGUUCUGGUCCAACUCUCAACUCUUGUUAUUAUAAAAUCAUCUGAUUUUCUACACUUUCACUCAGAAGAGGGCCUUCCUCAGUGCUCUAGUUUAAAUUUUCUUAUACAAGGAAGCUUACCCUCCUAAACUGGUGCUAAAACAGAUAAGAACCUACGUUACUGGAUUAAACAAAUACUGCAUACUGUUAAAACGAGAUCUAUUUCAGUACGAAUACACCAACAUAAAUAAAAACACCAUCAUUACCAACAAAGGUACUAGCGAGAAGGGUGCGGGGCCCGAUGAGGGUUCGUUUGGGUGUGCAAGCCUCGGCAAUGUAAACAACCAGUAAAUACAUUUAAUUCUAAAAUCUCACACUCGUGUGUACAUAUAUAAUAUUUGCUGAUCAAAUGCUGCAACUAGAUUUUUAAAGUGCAGUAUUAAUCAGACCCAUAAGGGAGAACAAUGAUACCCAGAUAUACUAGGUACCGGGAUAGCACCAUAAACCCAGGGUCAACAUCAGUUCCACAGACCUGGAACUCUCACUACCAACCUUGUGGUAACUGACAGCUCCAGUUGUGAACUACAGCUAAGAGCAAAGCAAUGUAACUCGAUCCUUUAUACUCUUGCCUAGCAUGAUGACUGACCUAAUAGCUUCAGCCAUUACAUAUAGUAAAUGGAAGAACUAACAGGUUCAUGAGGAAAAACUAUGAAUAAACAUUGAAAUGCAACCUUAAGAAUUAGACACAGCAGAACAUUAUCAAAGGUUGACUGAUAAUACAUGUACUACAGUGCAUGCAAAAAAUUUACUGCUUAUGAUUUGAACAUCUAAUUUCAGGCAGCUGAUCAGCCAAAGCUGUAUCAAAAGAGAAAAGGCAAUCAAGCUAUUGCCUCUAAAAGUGGAAGAUAGGAAUGGACACAGGUAUGGACAUUCAAUGGGCAAAACUGAUUCACGCGAUUCAGAAAAUAUAGUCAAGGGAAGUGGAAAUCGGUCAGUAAGACAUUGCAAGUACAGAAAUGGUAACCAGUCUUAGUUUGCUGAAAAAUUAGUCCCCAUAGGUACCCAGCCUAUAAAUUCAUACAUACAAAUUUUACAUUAAACUGUAUAUUUUAUUUCAUAUACUGGUAAACAGUGUAUUCAUGUAAAAUUUAUAAUUCUGUUGCUGAAUAUAGGUAAGUGUGUAUACCAAUUUUUAAUCUACUCUCAUGAAAAGAUGUUAUACACAA